GACGUCUCCUUGGCUUUCCAAUAGGAGAAAAGCUCAAGGGCGCACAGCUCCAUGGGAAACGUUUACAACGCCGACAGGAAGAGGCCGGACCUGCUGUCAUGGCUAGUAAACCAAUAGGAACAAGUCGUGCUUAGUACGCCCCUCUGGAGGACCUUGAGGGGGACACUCUACUCUUCCUCUAAGUAUACCGUAGUCGCUGGUUUUGUCUGCUGUAAUACUUGACUUCUAGAGAAAAUGGCAGCGGUCGGGCUGAGGGCAUCUUACCACAGAGCGCUGGAUAAGAUCGAGCUUAUGCUGCCUGCCAGAAUGAGACCCUUCUACAACCACCCGGCAGGACCCAAGACUGUCUUUUUCUGGGCUCCAAUAAUGAAAUGGGGUUUGGUGAUUGCUGGAUUAGCAGAUAUGACAAGACCAGCAGAAAAAUUAAGCACAGCUCAGUCUGGAGUUCUCACGGCUACUGGGCUUAUAUGGUCACGCUAUUCCCUCGUGAUUAUCCCUAAAAACUGGUCACUCUUCGCUGUCAACUUUUUUGUCGGAUGUGCAGGCGGGUCACAACUUUUUAGAAUAUGGAGGUACAAUCAAGAACUUAAAGCAGAAGCCGCUGAAGAUAUACAGAAAGCUGAGCAUUAAUUUUAUGAAUAUAAAUUUGUUUAAAUAUCUAGCAAGUUGGGUAACAGCACCACUACUGUGGGUCUUAACAUAAAGAAGAUAGGAGAGAAAGAAUAUGUUAAAUCAAUCAUAACCAAUACUUUUUUUUUUUAACAGUUGAUUUUUUGGAAAUUUUGAUCGCAUCAUAUUAAUUAAUAAAAUAACAAUUAAGUUUAUAUUCA